AUGGAUUGGGAUUGGGACGUUGACUUAAUGUCUUAUAUGGAUCUUGAAAGCGUGAUUAAAAGUCAAGGAUAUGGCAACAUAAAGUGUCUUUGGUAUUGGAACCCCGUGUUGUCAUUUACUCGAGGCCUUCGACCGUUGAAUAAUGACCAAGAUGUUCUAAACUUUAUUGAAGAUGUUAAAGGACAUAAUAUUGUCGAUGUUUAUGUUGAACACCCAGUUGAAAUACCUGAUUUUGUUGAAACAGAUGAAGUGAAUGUGGAGGAUGUGCAACCUGAUAAAGUGAAUGUGGAGGAUGGUGAAGUGGAUGUGGAGGAUGUGCAAAAUGAUGAAGUGAAUGUGGAGGAUGUGCAACCUGAUAAAGUGAAUGUGGAGGAUGGUGAAGUGAAUGUGGAGGAUGUGCAAAAUGAUGAAGUGAAUGUGGAGGAUGUGCAACCUGAUAAAGUGAAUGUGGAGGAUGGUGAAGUGAAUGUGGAGGAUGUGCAAGUUGAUAAAGUGAAUGUGGAGGAAGAUGAAAGUGAAACAGAUCCUGAUUAUGAGCCUAAUGAUGAGGAUGUGGAUGAGGAUGAAAGUGAUAUUGACUUAGGCCCUGAUGUGGAUGUAGAUUGGACAACAGUGUUGCCCAAUGAUCAAACUCAGAAUUCCUCAGGUCAUAAUGUAAUUUCUGAUAACGAGAGCUUUGAUUCAGAUGAGCUUCAAACUCCCCCAGAAAGUGAUGUUGAAGAUGAGACUGAGAGGUUUCCAAUUUUCAAAAGUAGUAAGAAAUUUGAGUUAGGCAUGAUGUUCAAGGAUAAGUUGCAAGUUAGAGAUGCCAUAAAAGAGUUGUCCAUUUUAUAUGCGCUUUAG